CCCAGAGCUGGCGGCGCGGGCGCCGGGCGCGGGGCGCGGGGCUGACAGCCGCGGAGCGGGAGGCGGGGCGCGAGGAGGGCGGAGGCGCGGCACCGGGAGGGAGGAGCUGCCCGCGCGCCCGCCGCCGCUCGGCUCCACACCCGCCGGCGUAGCCCCGCCACGAGACUCUGACAGCGGUGCGGCCGGCGCUGCUCCCGAGCGCAGGGACGGACCGACAGCGGCGGCGAGGGAGGACGCGAGCACCGCGGCCCGGCGCCAAGUGCGGGAGGCGCGCGGGGCCGGCGGCGCGCAGAGCCUCUGCAACGAUGGUGGCUUGUACUGAAAACGCAUAGAGUCUCCAUAACAAAGAAUAACUGGCCGUUCUGGGGAGCGGACAGCUGAGAACGUGGAUAAGAUGCAUCUUAAAUGACAAAAGUGAUGAAACGUCAUCUGGAAAAUCUCAGAAAGGACAAACGAAACCAGCCAUAGUUCCUCUGCUGUGGCACGGCCUUCCUGGUCCUUUGGAGUUAGAUGGCCCUGAGAUCCCCUCUGAAGCAGCUGGGAACUCAGAAGGCUCCCCAUCCUGGAGGAGUGGGUCAGCCAGAGAGGAGGAAGGGAUGGCGUGCAGCCCACCCAGGGCUUGAGGAGGAGCCUAAUCCACAGCCUGUUGGACCUGGAGCUUCUGAGUUGGGGGCUGCACCACUGGGGUGACUCAAGAAGAAUCGAUGCUUCGGGCCCCGGCGACAUGUACAUGGUGUAAUGACAGGAAAUGAGCAGGUUGGCCGAAAAGCUGGUGGCCUGAAAUUGAAGACUAAGGCGUUGGUGCUUGGCUCUGGCUGAGAACAUGGCCAGUGGCAUUGACGAGCUCAUCGGCAUUCCCUUCCCCAACCACAGCAGCGAGGUGCUGUGCAGCCUCAACGAGCAGCGGCACGAUGGUCUGCUCUGCGACGUGCUCCUGGUGGUGCAGGAGCAGGAGUACCGCACGCACCGCUCCGUCCUGGCCGCCUGCAGCAAGUACUUCAAGAAGCUCUUCACGGCCGGCAGCCUGGCCAGCCAGCCCUACGUGUACGAGAUCGACUUCGUCCAGCCCGAGGCGCUGGCCGCCAUCCUGGAGUUCGCCUACACCUCCACGCUCACCAUCACCGCCUCCAACGUCAAGCACAUCCUCAAUGCCGCCAGGAUGCUGGAGAUCCAGUGCAUCGUGAACGUGUGCCUGGAGAUCAUGGAGCCGGGCGGCGACGGCGGCGAGGAGGACGACAAGGAGGACGACGACGACGACGAGGACGACGAUGAUGAGGAGGAUGAGGAGGAGGAGGAGGAGGAAGAGGAGGAGGACGAUGACGACACAGAGGACUUUGCUGACCAAGAAAACUUGCCUGACCCCCAGGACAUCAACUGCCACCAAAGCCCCUCCAAGUCGGACCAUCUCACGGAGAAGGCCUAUUCAGACACACCCAGGGACUUCCCCGAUUCCUUCCAGGCUGGCAGCCCUGGCCAUCUAGGGGUGAUCCGGGACUUCUCCAUCGAAUCUCUGCUGAGGGAGAACCUGUACCCCAAAGCCAACAUCCCUGACAGGAGACCCUCCUUAUCUCCAUUUGCCCCGGACUUCUUCCCACACAUCUGGCCAGGGGACUUUGGUGCCUUUGCCCAGCUGCCUGAGCAGCCGAUGGACAGUGGGCCACUGGAUUUGGUCAUCAAGAACCGGAAGAUCAAGGAGGAGGAGAAGGAAGAGCUGCCCCCACCCCCGCCACCACCCUUCCCCAGCGACUUCUUCAAGGACAUGUUCCCUGACCUGCCUGGGGGGCCGCUGGGCCCCAUCAAGGCAGAGAACGACUACGGUGCCUAUCUCAACUUCCUGAGUGCCACCCACCUGGGGAGCCUCUUCCCACCCUGGCCACUGGUGGAGGAGCGCAAGCUGAAGCCCAAGGCAUCUCAGCAAUGCCCCAUCUGCCACAAAGUCAUCAUGGGGGCCGGGAAACUGCCACGGCACAUGAGGACCCACACCGGGGAGAAGCCAUAUAUGUGCAACAUCUGCGAAGUCCGCUUCACCAGGCAGGACAAGCUCAAGAUCCACAUGCGGAAGCACACAGGGGAGCGGCCCUACCUGUGCAUUCACUGCAACGCCAAGUUUGUGCACAACUACGACCUCAAGAACCACAUGCGCAUCCACACGGGCGUGCGGCCCUACCAGUGCGAGUUCUGCUACAAGAGCUUCACGCGCUCCGACCACCUGCACCGCCACAUCAAGCGCCAGAGCUGCCGCAUGGCCCGGCCCCGGCGCGGCCGCAAACCCGCCGCCUGGAGGGCCGCCAGCCUGCUCUUUGGGCCCGGCGGCCCAGCGCCGGAGAAGGCGACCUUCGUGAUGCCGCCUGCGCUGGGCGAGGUGGGCGGCCACCUGGGCGGCGCCGCCGUGUGCCUCCCGGGCCCCAGCCCCGCCAAGCACUUCCUGGCAGCACCCAAGGGCGCGCUGAGUCUGCAGGAGCUGGAGCGGCAGUUCGAGGAGACGCAGAUGAAGCUGUUCGGGCGGGCGCAGCUGGAGGCCGAGAGGAACGCCGGCGGCCUCCUGGCCUUCGCGCUGGCCGAGAACGUGGCCGCUGCGCGGCCCUACUUCCCACUGCCAGACCCCUGGGCCACAGGCCUGGCCGGUCUCCCGGGGCUCGCUGGCCUCAACCAUGUGGCCUCCAUCUCAGAAGCCAACAACUAGGCUGGCCUUGGUCAACCCCAGUUAGCCAGACCUGUCCCCUCUCCCAGCAGGCCCAGCCUGCCCCACCCAGUGGGUCUGAACUUUUAUUUCACAAACACAAAGGGAGAAUCAAAAAAUACAUACUAGCAGGAUGGCAUUUUCCAGGCCUCCAAGGAAGCCACCUCCCUUUUGCUGGUGUCUGAGAUGGGCAUCUCCUCCCCGAGCUCCUGGAGCAGAGCCUCCUCUUCUUGGCUGUCUCUCUGUCUUGCACAGAAACUCACAGGGCCCAGCCACAGAGGAGGGCCAUACUGCUGGGUGCACAGGAACACUUUGGGGGCAGGCAGGGUUAUAAGGAGGGGAUUGCUUGGUGGGAAGGCAGGCCAGGAGGAGCAGGAAGGAGGGCAGGGUCCUGGGCACACACAUUGGUAGAGUCCCACCCGGGUAUGGGGGCGUCCCUCCCAGCACUGCUCUGGGGUGGUUUUCUGGUCUCUAGACAUCCUUUAGAGAAACGCCUCUGGGCCACUCAGAGCAAAGGCCUUAUUGGCAAGGAGGCCUCCGAGAGCCAGGAGCCAGGCCACUAGAGUCUGGUCCCAUUUUUUUUUCUUUCCUAUCCUGUGACCUUGGACAGGUCAACCCUCUGUGCCUCAGUGUCACCGUGCUAUGAAGGGGGUUGGUGAUUUAGGUCCCUCCCCUGACCCCCACACCAUACACACCCAACCUUCCCAUGAGAACCUUGAGACUGCAGGAGGCUUGCUCUCCCAAAGGCCCUGGGAGAACAUUCUCUUACUGGACUUAGUUUACCACCUCCACCUCGAUCGUAGCACUGUUAGCAUAGGUGAGAAAUGGGGCCCAACUAGAUGAGGAUGGGAGAGGGAGCUGGGGUGGAUCCAGGGCUCCUGCACAGGCAGCUCUGGGGACUCCAUGUUUCCCUCCUUCCCUUGAGGGCACUGUUCAUGUCUGGACCCCUGGGAACACUAGUCAGCAUUGUCCCGCCCCAUGUGCCCUCUCCAAGGCUGUACAGAAUCUCUUGGGACUUGGCGGCCAACAUUGAAGGGCUAGAGCCAGCUUUGAACACCUGGGAGCUGCCUACUUUAUGUAGUUACCCAGGGGUCAUCUCUUUGCUUCUCCAGUUAGGGACUCCCUGGGCCUUGCCGUUGCUGGUGAUGGCCCCUUUGCUGUGCUUGUGCCCCUCGUUCCCUUCCUCCACCCUCCCAGAUGAAGCUGCCAUGUUUGACCCCUCCCCUCUUUUGAGAAAAGAACUCAAGGUAGGAGGCAGAGGCCUUUGGGGCUUGGAGAGUUUUGAGAUAAGAUGUCCCUCACUCUCCUGGCUCUGGGGUUGGUGGCAGGUCCUGAGAAGGAAGAGAACUCUGCUGGCCGGGUGCCUUCCUGACUGCUCUCUCCUUUUCCUCCCUCCCUUCUUUUUCUUGCUGAGUUUGCUUUGGUUUCUCAGUAGCCCAGAGAGGACAGGGCAUCCCCCGGAGGGCCCAGGGCUGGAGUCCCCAGUCCCUGAGCUGUGGCUGCAAGAGACUUGGCUCUUCCGAUCGCCUUGGCUUUUUCCUGAGCAAAUACAAAAAAAACAAAAAGGCCAGAGAAGACCACAGACUGUCCCUCUCACAACUCCCAGAAGAGACUCCCUGGCUCCUCCCUUGUGCUCCCCACUGCCAUUCCAGCCAGACAGAAUGGGCUCAUCCCCACUGCCCCUCUCCCCUCAGGCCUCUGCCUGGGAUGCCAGGCUCCAUUUCCAAUGCUCGUUCCUGGGACCUGCCAGCCAACACUGCUCAUGCUCCCCCAUCCGCCAAGGGACUGGGACUGAACCAAACUUAAAAAGGAAAAAAAAAAAAAAAAAAAAAAAAGAACAAAUUGGAAUCCAGUGGUGUUGGGGCUUUUGUUUUUAUUUUGUAAAGGUAAUGACUUCUUAUAAACGCAAUUUUUCAGAUGA